GCGGGACCAGUGGGGACUGAUCUGGGCGCAAAUCGCUCACUGGUUUUCUCCGCUCGGCAGCAGAAGGCCGACGGGGUUGUGGAUCAUCGCCACGACGAAUCCAAGGAGGAGGCAUGCUGAGUCUUGUUGCGAGCGUGGUGAUGUAAAACGUAAGGAUGGCGACAGGCGAUGGGUUGCAUUCAUGGAGGGACACACAGUUCUACCGGAAAUUGAACCUCUUCUACGUGGGGAUAAUCUGGGCAUUGUAUCUGGUUCAGUCACACUUAAUGGUGCUUUGGAACGACUUCAAAAGAAAUGAUGGCUGCAGAUCCCCAAGUACUGAUGAUGCAGCAUGUGAGCCGAAAGAGGGUGACAUUGAUGCUAUGGGACACCAGGGGCAGCGGAACGAAGGUUGCUCGCCGAGCUACUCUUGCAUUGUCACAGGGGCAUCAAGUGGGAUAGGCAAGGCGGUGGCAGAGGAGCUGGCUGCGAAGGGUUUUUAUGUGAUACUUGGGUGUGUAUCCCCACAGCGAGGACUGGAGGCUGCAGAGGAGAUUCAGCGGAAGCAUAAGGGUGCCGCUGUGGAGGUUCGAGCUCUUGAUUUGUCUUCACCAGCAUCGGUUGUGUCAUUUGCAAAUAACAUCGCGCUGUCAUUGGGAGCGGCUGUUCCCCCCCGACCAUUGGUGUUGUUAAUAAAUAAUGCUGCAGUAAUAAAGAUAAAGCGGACAUGGACGGAGGAGGGAAGGGACUACGUGAUGGCAACGAACUAUCUUGGCUCAUUCCUUCUCUCCAGAGAGCUCCUGCCGCUAUUGGAAAAAGCUCCCCGCGCAAGAAUUGUGAAUGUGUGCUCAUUCACCCAUCGAGCAGUCUCUGCUCUUUAUACAGAUGAGCCAUCGCUUGCCGCAGGAGGGGUUUACCCCGUGUCGUCGUCAGCAUCUACUGCGGGGACGUAUAUGCCUGGUUUCGGAUACCAGACGACUAAGUUGUGCAACACUUUGUUUACGAAUGAGCUGCAUAGACGCUUGUUUGUCGAGCGGCGGAAGCUGCAGAGCCCUGUAGUGAGUGCCAAUGCCGCAGAUCCAGGCGCUGUCGACACCAAUCUGCUCAGAGAAGUCCCUGUCGGAUUACGCAAGUUUGGGAUGCUUGUUCUUGCUGCGCUCGGGUUGCUUAAAUCUCCAGCAGAGGGAGCAAAUGCGGUGAUCGAUGCUGCCCUCGCAAAUGAGGGGACAUCUGGGUUGUACUACUUUGGUGGAAAGGGAAGACAUUUGAAGGGAUCCCAACUUGCCUGCAAUGAGGAACUGGGGAGAAACCUUUGGGAGACGUCAAGUCGUAUGUUCCAUUCCCAUUGAGCGUAAGGAAAGGGAUGUGGCCGCUGGAUCCUUUUUCCAGCAACAUGGCAUCAUAUUGUAAAAUUAUGGGACGAUGGGCCCGGUUCCCAGCAGCUGCAGCUCCCCACCAAUGGACGGAGCCUUCAAUGGGGAAAAAAAAAAAGGGUUGUGGCAAUGUUGCCAUACUGCUUGUUGUUAAACCACCAGCUGAGGGAAAAAAAAAAAAAGAAACACCAGCUUGAGGAAGCCACCUUCCAAGGCUUGCGAGCCCGCAACUGCGUCUUUUCAAGGUGGCGUGCCGCGUUCGCUACAGGCCCAGGCACGACUUGAAAAGCUCGUGCCGCGUAAACCGGUGAGAGCCGUACUCGGCUUCGGAUGAACUGGCGCUUCGAGAACAGGUUCGCAGCACAGUUUCCGCAAGGCGGUUUCCACUAUCUCGGGAAAGCAUAUCCCUCUGGCGUACGGCCUGCUGAGCUCAUUGAACAGGAAGGGGGUUGAGAUCAAUGCAGCUUGUUGGCGCAUUGAUUGGACAGAGGUUAGGUAGUGAUUGGUGGUCGUCACAAGGUGCAGCGCAGGGGUUAGGGACAGCAAUGGGAUGUGUGGAUGGUCUGAGGGCAUGGAAUCUGUGAUACUUUAUCGCAGUGGGCGCAGUGACGAUGGCGAAGGAGAUGACGAGGAGGGUGUGGCUUCUCACACCAGGGAUGCGCUUUGUGUCACACGCAGGGGUCAAGACAGAUUUUUCUUGUGUCCGAGCGAGCACCUUCAGGACGUGCCUAAUAGUCAACGGUUGUCCGGUAAUCUUUGACUGUUUGACACUAACGGCAGGGCGCAAUGACAAUGGUGAAGGAGAUGAAGAGAAGGUUGUGGUGCCACUUUGUGUCCUUGAGCAGGUAGGUGUGAGGCAAUGCUGGAAGGAGAUUUCUGUAUGUGCCCUGUGCACAAGGAGUCUCGUCUAUAGACGUCCGACGCUUACACCUCAAUGUAAAAGAGGGAAUGGGGCCUGGUCAGCUGACAUCUGGCAGUCUCGUCUUUAAACGUAUGUAGAAUGUGCCUGGUCUUGUCCUUCGGGACAUCCGUUAAAAUUGGAACGAUACAGAGAAGAUUAGCUUGGCCCUUGCGCAAGGAUGACACGCAUUAAUCGAGA